ACAUCCCACCCUGCACAUGGGCAUCUCUAUAUAGGAUAUGCAUAAAUAUUCACACAACAUGCCAUGUAAAUUACGUCAAAGUAUGAAAGGUAUGAAAAGAAUUGCGAAUGAUUGUUUCAUGGGCUGAUUAUGUUUGUGUGAGUGGAGGUUUGACUUGUAUCAUAAACUUAUGUCAUGAUUUUAAAUUAUGGGGACCUUAUGCAUUUAUGUGUCGUGUGCAUCGGGAUACUUCCUCGUCAUGUUUAGUACGGAUGUGGACCUUAUUAUAUUUAUGUUUGCCAUGACAUCAUGCGCGUCCUUUCCCUAUGUGGUGUUCAACGAUGCAUAAGAGUAUUAUGAGUCAGGCCUAGGGGUAUGUAUACAAGCUUGUUUAGCGGAUCCAUGUGUGCGUGCAUGAGUCGUGUGUGGGGAAGUAUCACACAUCCAACUCUGACAGGAUUGGAAAGCGGAGCCCAUGACCAUACAAUGAUGUUUUAUAAAAGGAUGGGUCCUACCGCGUGCUACUUUUAUUAUUCAAGUAAAGAUCAUGCCGCCUAGAGAACGUGGAAGAGAAUGUAGAGGAAGACAACCCCCUGCCAGAGAACGAGGCAGGGGAACGGAGAGUCUGGUCCAUGAGGGAUUGAUGACUCGAACUAACGCAGCAGUGCCACCCCCAGCAGCACCUCGAACUGGAUUAGACCCUACAACUGCCAUGAUGUGGGAGUCAUUCAAGGCGUUGAUGCAAACUUUUGUGGCCACCCAAUAGGCCAACAUGGCAACGUCAACUCGAGGAGCAAGGUACUUUAAGGAUUUCAAGAGGUACGACCCUCGUAUCUUUAACGGGACCUCGAAAGAUCCGACAGUUGCAGAAAUGUGGGUGUUGUCGAUGGAGAACAUUUUUCGGUUGAUGAACUGCCCUGAUGAUCGGAAAGUGUCGUUUGCAUCUUUCAUGUUGCAGGGCGAUGCAGAGUUAUGGUGGGAAUUCACUCGGGAGAUCCUUAGCCCUAAUGGAGGAGUGAUCACAUGGCUAGAAUUUAGAGAAGCUUUUUGGGCAAAGUACAACUCAGACGAGGCCCGACUCCGAAAACAACAGGAAUUCACCCAGUUGACACAGAGUGGACGCUCCGUCACUACCUAUGCAAGAGAGUUCAUGAGAUUGAAGCGCUUUGCUUUGGAGUUGGUUGAUACAGAACUAAAGUUAGCUCAGAGAUUCAUCCUAGGCUUGGACCAGAGUAUUCGUGGCACGGUUAAGGCCAUAAACCCUACCACAUAUGCUGCUGCUCUGAGGGCAGCUAAGGCUAUGGAUGGGAACAGAGGCGAAGAACUCCGAGAACCGCCAACACCGAUAGCUGUAGGGGGACAGAAGCGACAAUAUAACGAGAUCGACCCACACUGUCAGUUGCCAAUGCACCCACAACAGACUGACGGAUACCGCAGGGACCUAGGGCGAGGUCAACAGUUAGACCGACGGAGGGUCAGGGGAUGGUUCCUGGCUCGGACUAGAGCAUGCUUUAGGUGCGGCCAAGAGGGUCACAUUGCCAUGAAUUGUCUAGAGAGACACAUUGAGAAUCCUCCUAACCAGCUAAGAGAUCUAGGCAAUGCGAGGAGGACCGUGUAGACCAGCUCCUAGCGAGAGCUUAUGCUUCCAUCAUCAAUAAGGACACUGAAAACGCCGAUGUAGUGGUGUCAGGUACCCUAUCCAUUCUUGCCAGGUACCCUAACAUUGUUUGAUUUAAGAUCUACCCUUUCUUUCAUAUCUGUAUCGCAUGUAUUAUCUGGUCGAAUUAAGUUAGUUUAGGUUUGAAUAGUAGAAUAGGUUUAAUUGCUAAGGAUAGAGUGAAGGGUAGGCAAGUGUUAAUUUCAGGGUAGACCCUAAAUGUAAUUUUAAUAAUUGUAGACAUGAGUGAUUUUGAUGUAAUAUUCGGGAUGAUUUUGAUGUAAUACUUGGAAUGGAUUAAAUCUUUUAACAUAUCCCAACUCGAUG